UUGAUGUAUAUAUGUCUCCGCAUUGUUCUUUAUUUUCGCUGGCAAUUACGGCAAUAUUAAGUGUCAAACAUAUAAAUGAAAAGUGAAAACAAAAUGGCUACGAAAAUAAAAGCUGAGCUGAUUGAGCUAGGUUUUCCGCAACGUAUUUUGGAUAUUUUAGACAAUAACGGAUUAGUUGAAGACGAUAUAAAUAAGGCUAUUGAGUUCCUCAAAGAAAAGGGGCUUGUGUCUGUUGAUGAGAACGCAAAUGAAAUUUCUUUGAUAUUUCCGGAUGAGGAAAUCGUUAGGGGUCAAGACAGUGCAUCAAAUUUAAUUGAUCCAGAACAAAUGCUAGUUCCAGAGCUUGGUGGUUCAUCAACUCAGAAUUUUACUUCGUUCCAAGUCACACAGAAUCGAGUACUGCUUUCUCCACACGCAUCACCUUUGGAGGAGGUUACAGCUAAGGAAAACGUAAUUUUAGUUCAUCGUAAUAUUUCGGCAAAAACUAAUAACACACCGGAGAACAACAGUUGUACAGACUACGGGAAAGAGAAUACCCUGCAUACGAAUACAGAACUGACUCCCGAAAGUCUAUACAAGAUACUGUCGGAAUCCUUAACAGGUAACGAUAUUCUCAAAUUGGCAAAAGUUGGUCCAUUAUCAGAACGAAGACAACUCGAGUUGGCUGGAAUUCUAGCACAAUGGCACCUGCAAAAUAAGAAAAAGCUUGUCGAAAAUGACUUAAGAAAGUAUGCGCAAGUAAUAACAAUUUUAUUGAAAUACGAAAAAGAGGACACAUAUUUUCUCCCAAGGAACGGCGAUAAGAAAAAUCCCGGUGGGAAAAUUUAUAAUAAAAUUUGCAACUUAAAAACAAAAUUUCGAAAACGAAAAAUAGAUGAUUUAAAUCAUCUGCAGAAGUACAGCAAUUCCGGUAAUAUACGACAAGAUAAUUCAUUCGAAUUGAAUCAGGGCACUGCAUGGGAAGCCUUGGAAUGGCUUAACCAUAAUGAUGGCCCCUGGAGUACAGUCCUCGACAUGUGGAAGGCAAGUUUCUCAUUACGGAAAAUCUAUAUUGGCAAACCAAACGCUAAAGAAAAUUUAAUAGAAGAUAACCUGUGGCGAUUUCUUCUAUCGGAAUACGGUUAUCAGUUGAUUGAUAUUGAUUAUCAAUUUCUCAAAUCGAAUCGAGCUACGGAAAAGUGGGAUCAUCUACUAGCGGUGGCAGGAAAAUAUAUCCGGGAAAGGUCUAUUGAUGACUCAUCCUGUAAAUUAGUAGAUAUCUUUAGCAAUAGUACUGAGGGAAAGGAUUUACGAAUUUGUGCUCUAUUGGUCUCACUAAACUGUGUACUUCAUCCACAAAAGGUUACGGUAUCCUACAAACCAACGGUACUGAAUGGACAAAACGAUACUGUUUUGUUUGCAAAUUCUGAUGACGAAGCUAAAGUCAAACUUGCUGCUGUUUAUACACAAUAUCAGAGUUAUCGGAUUCCACUAACUCCAAAACUGAUAUUUUUCGGAACUCAAGCAUCGUUAACUGGAGUGUUCAGAGUAUACUACGAAGAUUUAUUCUACACUUUGCCGUCAGCUUCUCGUGCCAUCGAUGUGUACAUAAAAUUAUGUGAGGUACUGGCACUGAAGCAUUCAAAAAUCAGUAAACUGAUUUGGCUUUUCGUUCAACACUACAUUUAUGAUUUGGAUAUUCCUGAACGUUACGCGAGUAUCGAUAGACUUGUGCAGUUUUUAAAUCAACCUGCGUUAAGCAACUUGGAACAAGAUGAUGAUUGAAUGUUUCAUAGAACAUUGUGCAGUAAAAUUCAAAUCGUCCAACGAAUAUGUCGCGGACGCUCGAAUUAAUUUUAAAAUUUAUGGAAGAUUUCUUCUGACGAGACGGCCGUAAGUAGAAUCGUAAAAUCAGGCCGAUCCUAGAAUAAUAGGCUGAGUUAUAAAAUUUGUAUAAUGUUUUGUUAGGAUGUAGCGUCUAGACAAAAUCGGCGCACAGUAUAGACAGGAAAUAAAUAUAUUAUUUCUUUUGCAUCUCCUCUGAAUGGGAAAACCCAUAUCAAUUGGUCUAUUGAGACGCGCAAAGAUAAAGGUAAAUCAGCAGGUAAAAUUAGCAUAUUUGUCUGUCCCUUUUGAGGUUUGAAGUGUAGUAAUAGAAUAAGAAAAGUGUACAUAUAGAUGUAAGAUGGAAAUAAUAAAGUAGUCUGUUUUUAGUUAGGAAACAA